AUGCUCAUGGGACGUGUAUCCAUUGUCGCGAUCGUAACAUCGAAAGUUUCAGAAGAACAUACGCGCAGCUUUUAUGAGGCCGCCUAUGAACGCUUCCACACGUAUCCUCACUUUCAGCUUGUACAGAUCAAUUUGCAAGAAAACUCUCUUAAGGCAUACCUAAUAUCCUUGUUCCUAUCAUCUUUGCGGUCACAAGUUGCACCCAAACUUCAGUCCACAUACCUCCUGAGUCAGCAGAGCUUGGACAUGGUUCGUGAGCCAAUGGGUCUUCACAACAAGCACGUUGGAUACACGUACUUAGUCGGUCCAGAUGGAAAAAUCCGGUGGGCUGGUAGUGCAUUUGCCGAACCCGAUGAGGCUCGCACACUUGUGGCAUGCACGGGGGUCUUGCUUGAUCGUAUGCCAGGCGGUCGGAAGGCUGCUUCGAGGGAUGCAUCGUAA